AUGGGUUAUUAUAUCCGGUGGGCUCCAUACAAAAUUACAAGAUUUAUUGUAACAACAAAUUCGGGAGAGCCUGAAUAUAUUUUUCAACUUCUGUUUCUACUCAACUCUUACAUUUCUCUUAAGGAUCAAGCACAAACUGAAAAUGUUAGAGCAUUCUGGCUGGAGGCCGAGUUUGUAGUAGAACAUUCAGUGGCAGGGAACAAAGUGCACAAAUUAUUAAAUAAUCAAAGAUUAAAUUUUAUUGACAGCUUGAACAAUUCUAUAGGUUCUCUGGUUGAUUAUGUUGAUGGUGAAAAAGAUGAAAAGGAUGGUGAUUACACUGAAGGGAAUGAGAAAGAACGAUCAUUAUUUUCAGUAGAGAAAAGCACUGGUUCAAGACAAGCUCAUAAUAAUUCGAAACAGAAAUUGGACAAUCAAUUGGAUUAUACAGAUUAUGAAGGGUUGGCAUUCUUGUUUGAUGAAUCAAAUGAAGAAGCCCUUAUGGAAAGCAUUGACGAGAAAACUCUUGCUGAAGAGAAUAAAUUAUCAUUAAUGAGAGAAGAGGGUCAAUCACAAUAUAUGCAUGUGGAAGCUUUCUGA